AGCCCUACUUCCUGGAUACGCGUUGAGAGAAAAAACAGCCAGGUUUGGAUUUGUUGUCAUCGUCUCACACAUUUUCCUUCAACCUGUGGUUUAUAUUCACAGAAGAACUCGGAGCCUUCCGGCGAGAAAUAACCGUUUGAGAGAAAGAGAGGACGUAUCGAUGAUAACGUAAAAUCAGACGUGGAGGCGGAGGGCGCAGAAGUGUCAGAGCCUCAGAGCGCCACGUCAUUGGUCGAGUCAUCGCAAACAUACCCGGGAUUUAGUCCCAGCCCCUGGCGCCAGAGAUUAGACGGCGACACGUCCCCUCAGUGUGCUGCGGGGUUUUCUGGACCGUUUUUUUAUUUUUCUUACCGAGAGAGGAUCAGUGAGCAAUAGGAUCAACAUGACGGCGUCCAACUCGGGUCUCAUCAUGAACGUGGUGAACAGCAUCGUGGGAGUGAGUGUGCUCACGAUGCCCUUCUGCUUCAAACAGUGUGGGAUAGUGCUCGGAACAAUACUGUUGUUCUCCUGCUCCUGGAUGACCCACAAGUCGUGCAUGUUCCUGGUCCACACAGCUAGUAACACCAAACGGAGGACGUAUGCAGGAUUGGCCUUCCACGCUUACGGGAAACCAGGAAAAGCAUUGGUGGAGACGAGCAUGAUUGGGUUGAUGUUGGGGACCUGCAUCGCCUUCUACGUCGUCAUCGCUGAUUUGGGCUCAAAUUUCUUCGCUCAGCUGUUGGGUUUACAGGUGACGUUCAGUUUUCGUGUGGUGCUGCUGAUCGCCGUGUCUCUCUUCAUCGUGCUCCCGCUGAGUCUGCAGAGGAACAUGAUGUCCUCCAUCCAGUCCUUCUCUGCGAUGGCGCUCAUCUUCUACACCCUCUUCAUGUUCACGAUAGUGUUGUCAUCUCUGCGCUACGGCAUAAUCUCGGGCUCCUGGGUGGAGCGGGUUCACCUGUGGCGCUUCAAGGGCGUCAUUCAGUGCCUGCCCAUUAUCGCCACAACCUUCUGCUGUCACCCGCAGGUGCUGCCGACCUACGACAGCCUGGACGAGCCGUCCGUCAAACGCAUGAGCACCAUCUUCACCUCCUCCCUCAAUGUAGUCACCAUCUUCUACAUCACCGUGGGGUUCUUUGGCUACGUCAGCUUCACAGACAACAUUGCGGGCAACGUGCUGAUGAAUUUCCCCUCCAACCUGGUGACGGAAAUGAUCCGCGUGGGCUUCAUGAUGUCUGUGGCCGUCGGAUUCCCGAUGAUGAUCUUGCCGUGUCGCCAGGCCAUCAACACCAUGCUUUUUGAACAGCAGCAGAAGGAUGGGACAUUUGCUGCCGGGGGAUACAUGCCUCCUCUGCGCUUCAAGAUGAUCACCCUCUGCAUCGUGUUUGGUACCAUGCUGGGAGGCAUUCUGAUUCCAAACGUGGAAACCAUUCUGGGUUUGACUGGAGCCACCAUGGGCAGUCUCAUCUGCUUCAUAUGUCCUGCUCUCAUCUACAAGAAAAUCCAGAAGAAAACCUUCAUCGCGCAGUUGGUGCUUUGCGUGGGUCUGGGCAUCCUGCUGAUCAGCACCUUUACCACUCUCUCCAUUUCGGCAAGCAGCCCUGGCACCAAGGUCCUAGUCCCUUCUCCUCGAGCGCCUGUCAAGAACAAUCAGCCACUUCCGGACCCCCAUGAACAGCAUGAAAAUCCUCCUAACAAGAAGCCAGUGGAAAUAGAAAAGCCUGACCUCCCAGUGGUCCAACCUGUUGAGAGGGACCAGGCCGAGCCACCCCAGAUUAAAGGACCAGUGGAAUUACCUGAGGGGAAGAAAGGGGAGGAGGUGCAGUUGGACCGACCUGAUGCUGGUGUUGCGGUGGCAGAGGGAGAGGCCCAUCGCCAUGAACCACCCAUCCCUCAUGACGAGGUCAAAGUAGACACAAGAAAAGAGGUCAAGACACAGAUGGAUGGAGGAGAUGAAGCGCUCAAAAGAGAUGUAGGAGAGGACAAGGUAAAGAACCCAAAGCCUGCAGAGGCUGUUGUGAGGAAAGAGGAGGUGGAUUUGGGUGGAGGUGAAGUCCAGUCCAAUGAGCUGCUGGAGAACCCGGUGGAAGAUGGAGGAAAAAAGCAGAAAGUUCCCCUGCCAAAAGAGGGGGAGAAGUUCGAUGCGGCGAAUGCAGUCGGUGCGGCCAACCAGGCUGCAGUUGUAAAAGUGGGCAAAGUUCCAGAUGCUGCAGGAAAAUCUCCGCUUCUAGAAGGAGAACUUCAUCCUGCUGCAGAUGACGCUCCCAUUGCAGAAAGUAGUAAAGACACAGCGGACGAAAAGAUGGGGGUGAUAAAACAGUUGGUUGCAGAGGGCCAGCUCGACCAUGCAGUGCUACUGCAGGUGAUCCAGGUGCAACAAGAGCAACAGAAGAGGCUUCUAGAUCAGCACGAAAAACUACUUGCUGUCAUAGAAGAGCAACACAAGGAAAUCAACCAGAAAGUACCUGCUGGUGCUGUUGAAGGGGAGGCAGAGAAAGGCAUCCAGGAGCACCUGGAGGUGAUGGAAGGUGCAGCAGCAAAGCCAAAAGACUCUGGACUGGUCCCAGAGCUGAAACAGGCCAAGGAGGCAGCUGGCGCUGAAGCAGGAGUUCCACAGGGUGGAGUGGUCGGGCCUCACGAUGUGGCCCAGAAUCAAGCUCAGGCUGUGGGUAAAGUAGAUGUAGCCAUGCCACAUAAAGAAGUCGUCCCAGCUGCUUACAAGGAGGAUUCCAAUCCUGCAACCGGAGAAGAAGCUCCGAAACAGAUGGAGCUGGGAGCGAGAGGAGUGCCACUAGGGAAGACUAGAUCCGAUGAAAAUCAACCUAUGAUUCAAAACGAUCCUGCAGCUCAACUUAAAGAUGAAGAUAAACCCCUCGAUAAUGGAAACCAGAACAAUGUUAAACAGAUGGAGGAAGAGGUUAAGGCAAGAGAGGAAAACAAAGAGAUGGAAAUAAAGGAAAAGAUGGCCAGAGAGCAGGAGAAGGAAAGAUUAGAGAGACAACAAAUAGAGAAAGAAGUGAAGGCAAGGGUGGAAAAAGAAAAGCUGGUCGAAGAAAAGGAAAGAUUAGACAAAGAAAGGAUAGAGAAAGAAGUGCAGGCAAGGGUGGAAAAAGAGAGACUGGAAAGGGAGGAAAAAGAAAAGCUGGCCAAAGAGAAGGAAAGAGCCGAGAGUGAAAGGAUAGAGAAAGAAGUGCAGAUGAGGUUAGAAGAACAACGGGAGAGGAGAGAGAAGCUGGCCAGAGAACAGGAGCUGGAGAAAGAGAGAGCAGAAAGAGAGAGACAGCAAAAAGCUGCAGAGGAGAAAAUCCAGCAGGAGCUACAGAAAGCAGACAAUGAAGUACUUGAGAGAGUGAGGAAAGAAAACGAGGCAGAGCAGGCUCGGGAGAGGCUGGCCCAGCUGAAGCAAGCCAUAGAAGGCCAAGAAGCUGAAAAGGCUGCUGCACAGGGACCUAAGAGAGAAGACGGCGAAGCUUUGAUGAAUGGAGGACGAGACCUCAAAGAGAAAGUUGAUGCUCAGGCAAACCCCAGAGAAGUUGCGAAAGACAGAGCUGUCAAAGCCAAGGCUCACCCCCAGGGCUCCCACGAGAAAGUGAGGGACCAGGGAGAGAUGGAUCUGAGGCGGAGGCGCAGGGAGGUGGGACCUAAAGAGGCUGGAGGGCCCCCGGAGCACACUGGGGAGUCCAGGGGGAUGCCUGGCCUGGAGCCCCUGCUGGAGCUGGGAGGCUCGAACCUGCACGCUGCCCUGGAGGAGCAGCUGCUGGCCGGGGCCAUGGUGCACUCGCGGCAGAUUAAACAGGCCUCAGAGGACGAGGGAGCGAAAUAACAUCAAGCACAGAUUCUCAUUUAGUGGUCAGGCAGUGAGUUCACAUGUUGUUAUACCUGCAGGACCUCCUCACACUGUGGACCAUGACAACCGAAGCCUUAUGUUCUAUAUGUCUCUUCGUGGACAAAGAGUUCUUUAUAGAGUCUUUAUAAAGAAAAUUGUAUGUACAUAUUAACUUAUUUUUGGCGUGUGGCUGGGAUUUGUGGGGGAUCCUUUGUUGAAAAAUGUAUAUAAAUCUAUGCAAAUACCGUUCUAUGGAGUGUUUUGACAAGGCAAAUAUAUUGCUUUAUUGCAAAUCAUUUAAAAGGUGUAUUGUUAACCGUCCACUCUACAAUUUGUGUUUGUGAUGACUUUUUUCUAAAGGUCCUGGUCAUUUUACUCUGAGAUGUAAAUAAUGUAAAUCUCUAUGUCUCUGUGUCUUUGAACCUUCAUAUUGGAUGUAAUGUGGAUCAUGUCCUUGUUUCACACUUUCAAAUGAGACUCAACCAAAUGCUGGCCUUACGCUUUGAUAAACUUUCCUAUUAAGCAGCUUGAUUCAGACGACCUGGAUCCCUAGUAACCAUAUUCCCCGUCUCUUUUUUAUUUUUUAUUUAUUAGUGCCUUUCAAUAUCCACAUGCAGCAGUAGUGAUGGUGUUUCCAUGACCCCUCUUACUGUAAAUAGUACAGUAAAUUAAUUUUAAUAUAAAGCUAUUUGGUUAAGGACGGUGUAAGAAAACGUGGACUGUUUGUGUUUCUUGUAAUCCAAUUUUUCUGAAGACUCCUCCAUCACUCAGAGCUUCAACACUUAUCACAUUUGCUUUGUGCAAGAGGCUAUUUUGUUAUCUGAAUAUUUUUCUAUGUGCGUUGUAUUUCUAUACAUUUUGGUGAUACGAAUGAAUAAACUAUACAAAUACAA